CAUUUCUUCUGAAGUAGACAUGUUUAAAUGGUUUGUGAAAAGUAUGAUCAUUCUUGAUGGUGGUUGCAGGUUUUUCAAGAAGUAGUGAAGAUGAUUAAUAAUUCUGUGAGAUCACAUGGAAUAAAUAUAUCAGAUGCUUUUUGGAAUCAGGAAAGUGUUGCCUGUCUUGACACAAAGCCAGAGACAAUCUUUCCCAGCUUAGCUCUUGGGUUAGCACGUGAUGAUGGAGAGUAUUUCAAGGUUAUUUUGGAACCACAGUCUUACCUUCAUAGGGAUUUAGAGAACCACAGUCAGUUCAAUUGUCACCAAUUAGCUCUGGAACCAUCUGACACUGGAACCGUUCUGGGUCUAGUGUUUCUAGAAGGACUUAAAGUAAUAUUUGAUCAAACAAGUAGAAGUGUAUGUUUCAGCAGUAGCUCAUGUGGUGGUCCUCCUGUUCUCCUGGAGGGUCCAUUUGCCUGUGACAAUGAUCCCAUGAACUGUGUUCAUAGAGAUGAUGUAGCUAGUGCUCUGACUGCAAUUUCUGUCACAAUGGGAGGUAAGUUUCUGUAUUAUUUAAUUAUGGUGGAAGAUGACUUAGAACACUGACC